CUACAUACACCAUCCAAUCCAAUUUCUAUAAAAAAUCAUUUACUACAUAUUUUGACAAAUUUAGUCGCACUUUGGAUUUAUUAUUCAUAAUUUAUUAUUAAAUAAGACUGCAGUAUAAUACAUAAAACAUAUUCAGUUUAUUGAUUCUUGGUUUUUUGGUUGUUUACAGUAUCCUCAAUGUACGUGUACAUAAAUGUAUGUGUAGUUAUUAGAAAACAGCAAUUACUAUAUACUUCCUGAUCAAAGGUUUACUUAGCCCUGACACACCGACUCUGGUAGAACAUAAGGCAGAAAAAUUCCUCCUGUGUAUCUUACGUACAAACAAUAGAUCUUUAAUUGCGAAAUAUCUGUAAACCCAGGACGUUGCACUUGUUGCAUAAUUUUUUUAGUGUACACAAAAUAGCUAAUCUACAUCCUUGGACAAUUUUUAUCCACUGCACAAUGCAUUUUCUAUUAUCCACCACCAUACUCUUAUUCGUGCUCAUCUCACAGAGUGAAUGUGAGGAAGAUAAGGAGCUCGAAACUUUUUUGCAAGCUCUAGAUGAUCCAAAAAUUGUGACAGUUGGGAUUUUACUAUCCGCUUACAGCAACAGUCAUCUUCCGAAAAAAGCAUGGGCCAAAUGCGAGUACUGCACCCAAUGCCCAAAUCUACAAGAGCCUUUUCCUGACACGGCACCCCAGAACAACAGCUUCGUCCCUUGUCCCAAGAGAGUAGCCAUUCUUGCAGAGAACGUAAAGCAUGAGCACGACUACAUUCAAGAUGUUUGGGACAGAUACACCUCAGAGUUCAUGAGUUUUUGCGAAGACGAGGUUUUUAUUCUGAGAAGGGUGCACUCUAGAAAUGGAAAAAUGAGACCAAUUUCUGAAGAACAGAUAUUAAGCUCUGAAAUGAAUGUGACUACGAGUAGGUUGAAGUUGGACAAGGUGGAUUUUGAUGCCGUUGUCAAACCCUCAAAAGACGCUAGCGGCAAAGGGGAGGAUGUUACUUGGAACAAAUUGUCAUUUGAAGAUCCAAUUAUGGGACCAAGACUCAAGUUUGGCGAUGCUUCUUUUCAAGGAUGGCAGGGAAUGGCAACUGAAACCACAGCAUUAUGGCCCAUCAAGGAUGAAAAGCCCAGGAAGACGGUACUUUUGUACUUGCUCGAGUUACUGGAAUUGCGUGAUCUGGGAUGUGCUUGUAUAAAAAAGUUGUUGGGGUCACAAUUUUCUGGUACGACUCAAGAUUUAGUGGACAUCUGUCGAGCAAGUUUGAAGAUUGAGACGUGCGUAACUAAAUACAUAUUUUAUGUACUAUCAAAAUGUGCAGAAUUCAAACUUCAAAAUUGCAUUUCUGUGUUUGUUAGUGAGGAGCUUCGGCCGGCCAUCAGAUUAUCUACUUGCUUAUCUCCUGAGGAAGAAAAGGAGUUGCGGAACAAGAAAAAUUUGAAGGAUGAGGAAUUAAGUCUUCACAAUGAAUUGUGAUAAUCUCAAUUUCGUAAAAUAAAACAGGGCAUUUUCACGCAAUAUUAGGUUAAGUGCAUAAGUAGAAAUAAUUGUUCUCCAUGCACAUAGGUAUUUAGACAUUUCCAACGUCUAUUUGAAUUUAUUGUCUUGUUAUAAAAUAUGUAUGUCAACCGUCAUCACUUUGAUGCAUAACCAUUUUCUCAAAAUGACAUCAUCAUUCAGCAUUAAAAGUGAAACUUAUCUUGGUCGUAUUCCUAUAAAUAUGUUUAUGUAAUACCAGGAUUUGUCAUUUUGUUGUUAAAUGAUUAAUCCAGCAUACAUAACAUAGACAUUGGAACUGCGUGUGUGUAUUACCAAUAUGUGACCAAUAAAUUUGAAUUUAAUGGUUGCUUGAUUUUGUUUAAGUGGGCUUCGUGUAAACACACCUUAUGAGUGAGAUAUUAACAACAUUGAAGAUAAGCCAGAAUAAAGGUUGACAAUUUACAUAAAAAGUUAUGCUCGUACAAAAUGAUAAAUCUCACAACAUUUAAACAUUAUUGUGAUCGUGUGUCCAACAUGCACAACGACACAUUCCAAUUAUGCAACAAGCAUGACAAACACUAUGAAAUGCUUCUUAAUAAGUAAUGCACUAAAUUAUUGAAUGAGCGAUACUUCUGGUACAUUAAUAAUUCGUAAAACAAAUCAAAAUUUGCAUUGUCCAGGACAAUGGACAAUAGGAAGGGACAAUCUGCAUAGGACAAUUUGUCCUA